AAAAGUCAGUCUGCUUAUAUAGUUAUAUGAAGUAUUACACUUUUCUCUCACACUUUAAAGCUUCAACCAAAAUCAUAUUCAGAUUCAGAUUCAGAUUCAACUAUUAAGUAAAGUUCCUCAAUUAAGUGGAAUUAUAUUCCUUUUUUCUUCUUUUUUAGAGAGAGAAGGUGGAAAUAUAUCAAGCAAGAACAAACACUUCAUUAAUCAUUUCCAUGGAAAAUUUGGAGUCCAGGUAUUUGGGUCAUUGCAAGCGGCAUAAGGUGUUGCCUAAUCCUACAAUUUUGAGUUCUCUUUCCAAGGCUGAGUGUCAGAAGCCAUUUCAAAGGCGCAGUACCCUUGUGAUUGUACUAGACAACGUGAAGGAUGCUGACUUCUCUCCUCUUAUUGAUAUGAUCAAUGCAAUGUCCUCAUGCGAUGUGGAUGCUGUUGAUAUACUCAAUCAAUCACCUUGCAUUCUUAAUGAAGAUCAGGUUCUUUCACUGAUGUGCGCAGCCAACCAGAAUCUCCGUACAGUUAGUCUUCAAGAUUUGCCAUUUACUAAGCGCUUCUUGAGGUAUCUAUUUCGAAGCGGUUUGUGCUGUCAAGUUUUGAAGUUGAGCUCAUCUAGUCUUCAGAAGCUUGACAUGGUUGGAAGCUUUAUGCAAUUAAGAAAACUCAAUUUGGACUUCUGCACCUCACUGACUACCCUACACAAGGAUUGCUUCUCUCACAUGCCCAACUUAAUGCAUCUCUCUAUGUGCGAGACAAGAAUCGCUAAUCUUUGGACAACUAGCGUUGCAGUGUCUAAGCUUCCUUCACUCGUAGAACUUCGCUUUCAGAACUGUCUGUGCUGCCAAGAUACUGGCCCAUGCACUGGAUAUUCUAGCGAUAAAUUCGGUUUACAGAGUUUUCGUGAUGAGUCCGAUGUACAAGAUGAGUAUGACGAUGGCCUCAACGAAGGCCUAAAUGUCUUACCUGCAAGAAAGAAGUAUAUAUCACACCAUCCUUCACCUAUAUGCUUUGAGAGACAUUACAGGGACUUCCUGAUUGCUUCCUUGCCGCGAUUAGAGGUCUUAGACAAUUUACCCAUCAGAAGAAAGGACAAAAAGUUAGCUCAAGUAGUAUAUUCAACAUAUUUUGAGUACUUGCCGUAUAAGAGACACACUGAAAAGAGUAUUUCCUGCAUCCUUCAUAAUCGUGAAAUAGCAUCUCGUGGAACUCCUUUCCAGGCGCCUUUCAAGUCGAAACAAUCGUUUCCUCAUAGGAAUAAUCAACAUAGUUUCUCGAGGUCUCUUUGUGCAGCUAAGCUAGGUGCUUCACCAUGGCCACUUUUACAUUCUCUCUCUAAUAUUAGUUGCAUUCCAAAUGAAGAGAGCAGGAGGUUCCGUCCGAGGCAAUUCGAGUAUCAUCCUUCUGACUCUAGCCUUAUGGCUUUUGGAACUUUGGAUGGAGAAGUGGUAGUGAUCAACCAUGAGAAUGGGAAGAAUCUUGCUUACAUGCCACCCUUGCAAGCAAGGAAUAGCAUUUUGGGACUCUGCUGGCUUAAGAAGUACCCCUCCAAGGUACUCGCUGGUUCUGACAAUGGUAUGUUGAGAUUGUAUGACAUCAGUAACAAUUCACCUAAGAGUGCAGAUUCCUGUUAUGAUGGUGAUUUUACCACCUCUGAUAAGUUUGAGCAGUUAACUUCAGUUCAUAUCAACUCAACAGAUGAACUGCUUCUUGUGAGUGGUUACACAAGAAACAUAGCCAUGUAUGAUAUGGUUGCAGGAAAGCGCUUACAGUUGUUCAGUAAUCUGCAUGAAGAGCCCAUUAAUGUUGCCAAGUUUUCAAACCUCUCUCCAUAUAUGUUUGCUACUUCAUCAUUUGAUCAUGAUGUGAAAAUGUGGGAUAUCAGACAAAGGAUGGACCGACCUUGUUAUACAGCUACUAGCUCAAGAGGCAAUGUGAUGGUCUGCUUCUCCCCUGAUGACCACUAUCUGCUCGUGUCAGCUGUUGAUAAUGAGGUUAAACAACUUUUAUCUGUGGAUGGGAGACUGCACACAGAUUUUGGAAUAGCUUCAAGUGGAAGUGCACAUAACUAUACUCGUUCAUAUUAUAUGAACGGGAGGGACUAUAUUAUCUCGGGCAGUUCUGACGAGCAUGUUGUCCGCAUUUGCUGUGCUCAGACAGGAAGGCGACUGAGAGAUGUUUAUUUUGAGGGAAGAGGCUCUGAUAAAGCAAUGUUUGUGCAGUCCUUGAGAAGCGAUCCUUUCAGGCCGUUUAACAUGAGUAUCUUAGCAUCUUAUGCACAAUCAAACUCCAAGUGUGAAAUAAUCAAGGUAAAUUUGCUAUCGUCGAGCGAGGAUAGUGAAGAAGAUCCUUAUGUACAGCAGUCUUGCCCAUCCUUCAGUCUCGGCGGUUGAUCCAAGUGAACCAUAUGUGUAUAAUGUACACAAGUACAUUCAUGUAUUAUGUUGUACUUGUUGCGUCGUUGAUGAUGUCCACACUUUAAAAUGCUCAAUGUUCGUAUGGUAGGCAAUACAAAUUGCAAAUCGCACAUUCAACAUCUACAUGAGCAGCACUUGAGUAGUUGAGUUGAACUAAUUACCAUCAGUGAACACCAUUCACCAUUUACUGUUGCAGAUAUAGCUAGCAAAGCUUUUUGCAGGUGCAUCUAUAUAUGGAAAUUCAUAUUCUAUACAAGUUGGUGCAACUAGACAGAGUUUACUUGUAAAUUAAAGUUGUGUAAGCUCUAUAUAUGUGUAGUAUUGUGUAUAUAACUCUAUAUAUGUGUAGUAUUGUGUAUAUAGCUCUAUAUAUGUGUAGGUACAAAAAUAAGGUCAAUAAGCAAGUCCAGUAUUCAAGUUGGUAACAAUCAAAGGAAAAUCAUUUUUCUCCA